ACAAGCCCUAUUUCAAUCUUUGAAGCUUUCUCUAGAAAAGGUCAGUAUAAUCCUCAACCUUCCUACAUUGCCUGAGAACAAAACAGCUAGCACAUAAAUGUCUAUCCUAUGAGCCCACACAUAUAUUCCCUAGGAGAUCCAUAACUCAAAUAUAGCACUAUAUAUAGCAUAGUUGCUAACAAACUGUCUAGUUUGUGAGCUUGAAUCCAAUCAAAUCUUUGCUAUUUUUACCCCAACCUCCAUUGGGUAAUAGGUGGUUUGUGGUAGUUUUUAGAAACCAUAUGAUACAAGCGUUGUUUCCAGUAAUUGGUUCUCUCUCUUUUUCUUUCUCACUAAAGGAAAAGCAUUUCUUCAAGCCAACUUGCCCUAGGGCAAGGUUUUAAAUCCCUUGGCCCUUUCUUCUCCCUCAAUCACUAAAGGAAAAGCAUUCCCAUUUUUUUCUUUAGUCCUGACCCAGCUAAAAUGGGUACAUCAACAAAUGGGCUAUGAAAAAUUAUCAAUAAUUGUUCUCUUGAUAUACUUAUUGAUUAUGUUGAGAGCGAGAAGCACAUCGAAUAUGGAGAAGAAGGGGACUAUGUUGUUGGGGAAGUACGAGCUCGGGAGGAUUCUAGGUCAAGGCACAUUCGCCAAGGUGUACCAUGGCCGGAACAUAAAAUCCGGCCAAACCGUGGCUGUCAAAGUCAUCAACAAAGAGAAGGUGAUGAAGGUCGGUUUGAUUGAUCAAAUCAAACGAGAGAUCUCGGUGAUGAGGCUAGUCAGACACCCUAAUGUGGUCCAAUUAUACGAGGUCAUGGCGAGCAAGACCAAGAUCUAUUUCGCCAUGGAGUAUGUGAGAGGCGGAGAGCUUUUCAACAAGGUAGCCAAAGGGCGUCUCAAGGAAGAUGUUGCAAGGAAGUACUUCCAGCAGCUGGUCGCAGCGGUAGACUUCUGCCAUAGCAGAGGCGUCUACCACCGUGACCUGAAGCCGGAAAACCUCCUCCUCGAUGAGCACGGAAACCUAAAAGUAUCCGAUUUCGGUUUGAGCGCCUUGCACGAGUCAAGGGGGCAAGACGGCCUCCUCCACACGACAUGUGGAACCCCGGCCUAUGUUGCCCCCGAAGUCAUCAACAAGAGAGGUUACGACGGAGAGAAGGCAGAUAUUUGGUCAUGUGGGGUUGUCCUAUUCGUCCUCUUAGCCGGUUAUCUUCCAUUCCAUGACUCAAAUCUAAUGGAAAUGUAUAGAAAGAUCAGCAGAGGCGUGUUCAAGUGCCCUCAAUGGUUCCCACCGGAGGUCCGAAAGCUUCUCUCAAGAAUUCUGGAUCCGAAUCCAUGCACAAGAAUCACAGUAGCCAAGCUCAUGGACAAUUCAUGGUUCAAGAAAGAAUUCAAACAAAUUGAAGUCCCAUUGCCCAUUCAAGACAAACACGACAACACACCUCGCAGCCUUCUAGACUUCAACGAAGCAUUUGAAUCCGAUUCAGAAAUCAUAGAGAAGAAGAGAGGAGAGGCGACCACAAGUUCCAUGAUCAUGAAGCCAACUUGCAUGAAUGCCUUUGAUAUCAUCUCUCUCUCGCAAGGAUUUGAUCUCUCGGGCUUGUUUGAGAAUGACAACGAUCAAAAGUCUGAAGCCCGGUUCACCACCAUAAAGCCCGCUUCAGACAUUGUGUCAAAAUUAGAAGAGAUAGCCAUGACGGAGAGUUUCAAAGUGAAGAAGAAAAAUGGGACUUUGAACAUGCAAGGGAGCAAAGAAGGUAGGAAGGGGCACUUGGCCAUAAACGCGGAGAUAUUCGAGGUGGCGCCGUCGUUUCACAUGGUGGAGGUGAAGAAAGUUGCCGGAGACACGCUGGAAUACAAAGAGUUUUGCAACCAGGGUUUGAAGCCUUCCCUCAAGGACAUAGUUUGGACUUGGCAAGGUUGUGAGCAACAAAAACAAAAACAACAGCAGCAUGAUGAUGAACAACAUUUCUAGAUAUAGGUACAUUUCAUGGGUUAGAUGUUGUUGGGAUUCCAUUUCCUUUUUUUUUUUAUAUAUAUAUAGUAAAGAAGUUUCAAUAUGAACACAAAAAAUCAUACAGAAUUGGACACGUAAUAUACAUGAAUCAAUAAGAUUUUUAUAAAAAUUAUAUGCAUUUUGUGUUCAGUUUUGUAAUUAGUUUGUGUUCAUAGGCUUAUUUAUGAACAACUAAUUGUAUUAAUACAGACUGGCCAUUCCUUGUGGUUGAAGGGCUGGUUGAGAGAGAGAGAGAGAGAGAGAAAGCAAAACCAUGCAUUUUUCUUCAUUGCCGAUAAAGGUUGUUGUUUUCAUUGGCAUCUCUGAUCUUUUCUUCUCUCUUGUUUUUUUUUUUUAGUUUUUUAUUUUAUUUUUUUGGGUGUUUAGUUUGUAAUGUUUCAGUACACUGCUUCUAUAAAAUGUGAAGAGUGACAUUAGUUUCUUUGUAUAAGCUUUUCUUAUAGA